AUGGUCUCGCCCUUUUCAAAGUCCUUGUUAUCAGGAGUGCAGGCAGUCAAUUUUGUCAUUGACGGUCUCUUCAUCGUCAUCAUCAUCAUCAAAGACAGACAUGCCUACUGCUCCUUUGCUUUGUGUAUGAGGACGGGAACCAAGUUCGAGGCCCGGAUGAGUACCUUUAGACCCACUAUGGGACCAGUAGCCACCACUUUGUUCGUUGUCUUUCGACACCAUGGAGACACAGAGCCGGAUCAUUGGGGCCAGAGUUGCGAAAAGGAUGCUGUAGUUCUCAAUUCUGCAGACUUGUCAGUAAUGGGUCUUGGCACAAGUACUACGUAG